AUGUCGACUUGGGAGCGAGCGCCUGAAUCGCGCAAGAUCGGGCGCCUUCCAGCACUCCAGCGCACGCCAAGACGAAAUCCCUCUGAGCGCUCGCCUCGUCUUAAUUGGGACCAGGCACUCGGUGAGUCGCCCAUCACUGCUGGUGGCUUGGGCAGUCUGUCGAUGCCGCUGGGUGUGAUGCCUUCGCCCACUUCGCGAUCGUUUGUCGAUAUGGAUGUGCGAGAAACCGAGGAUGUACAGGUGGAUCAAAGAACAUCAGGCGAGGACCAUGGCCAUGGCGAACAAGACGAUGGUGCCGACCACGAGGACGAGCAUAUCGAACCAAGCAGUGAUAUGCGUGACGAUGCCUCCGUCGAAGCUGAUGAUGCUAUUCCAAGUGCACACAAUCUCACGGAACAGGAUGAUCACGAGAUAAGCGCAUCUCAAGAUGCGCGCAUUGCGUCGAAAACGCCACAGUCGCAACGUCCUGGUCUCCCUCCUUCAUCACACGCGCCACGAAACGCACAUAUGGACUACUAUGAAACCAUCGACUUUGACAAGAUCACAGAUCCAUUUACUGACACACGGCGUGCAUUUAUGCGAGGCAUGGCUGCUGCGCCGUCGGAGCCGCCAAAGUCUGUGCAUCGAGCGCCAUCCUCACCGCCAAAGCGGACAAGCAUCCACAUGCAGUCGGAAUCACGUCGUAGCCCUUCUCCGACCCGUUCACUUCAGGCAAACUCUCCUUCUUUACAAGCACGGACAAAGCGUGCAUCCAACACUGCGGCGUCCAUGGCGCACGAGAAAGAAAUCGCAUUUGCAUCUCCGCGACUCACUCGACGUUCUGAUGAUGUUGAAAAUCGUGCUAUGUCAGCUACCCACAAAACCAUCAUCCCACGAGCAUCUGUGGCAUCACAUGAAGCAGGCUUUAAGAAUGCGCCAAAUGAGAUACCAAAAGAGCCGCGGGCAUCAAUAUCAUCGUCAUCCAUGCCGCUCCGACGCCGCCAACUUGCUUCUGGUGUGUCGAUGGCGGAUACCAGGCCGUCAAAUAUGAAUGAUGAGCAGACAUCCGAGGAAAAAAAUGCUUCCUCGUCGAGUGCGAGUCGAUUUGACGUGACUGAGUCGCAUGCAACUGUGAUAAAUACUUCCAUGCGAGCCACAUCAAAAGACGUACCGCGUUCGUCGUCGACACACACUUCACGAUCGUUUCCUACAACAUCUAACGCUAUACCUGCUACCUACUCUGGCACAAAUGCUUCGUCGGAUUUGAUGACAGAUCCAGGUCCAUCGUCACAAGUCCCUCGUACGCCACGAACUCUGCCAUCUCGUCGGUCUUCGAUGAAGUCUUGGCUUCCUGACGUGGACAAUCUUCCAGGUUCAAGACAACCAGUGUCAGCAACGCCAUCAGCGGGCGUUUCUAGCAUGGCACCUCAACCUACGCGAUCCAACCGUCUUCUGACGGAGGAACUCCUGAAAUGGAAGAAAAAAUACGCGGAUCUUGAGGAUGAAAUGGAUGCUUUACAGUACAAACUAGAGCAUAUGCGGGACGAUGCAGCCAUCGGCUCAGCGUCCGAACAAGAUAUGCUUAUCCAAAAAAUUGAAGAGCUCCAGCGCGGUCGCGAGAAUGAUCGGAAAGCAAUGCGGCAACGAGUACGUGUUCUAGAAUCGCACAUGGCGGACACGAAGACGGAAUAUGACAACCGGUACUGGCGCUUGCUCAUUAGUUCACCAGAUGUAUCGAGUGAUGCAAGCUCUGUGCAUGUACAGCUUGUCGUACAGCAAAACCAAGUGACACGUCUGGAGGCGGAGCUAGCUGAGCAGAAGCGCCAAGCACGGCUAGCUCGUGAGCAUUCUGCCUUUCUUGUUGGCUUGUACAAAUGGCGCGGUUCACAGCUGUUGCAGUCUCAGUCGAAUGGUACAGGCCAACUUUCUCUGCAUAUCGCCCAUUUGGAACAGCAGCUUGAGAAGGAACGGAGCGCUCGCAUUGCUGCGGAGCGAGCUUUGCAUGCCAGAUCGUUCAGUGGAUCCUCUGCCUUGGCAGGUGGCUGGGAUGUCUUGCACGGAGAAUCUUCUCGUUUGCCUGCGAACGACCAGAAUGGCCUUGAUCUUCCGUCCAAAGCGCCUUUAGCGUCACAAACAUUUCUCGAUCGUGAAUCGUCACCCAUACCGACGCUUCCACCAUCUUUGAGUAUGCAAGAGCCGCCGAUCUCGCCUACGAGAGCAGUGGCAGAGCCUGAACCUGAACCUGAACCUGUUCAGCGAGAUCACGAAAAGACUCGUGGGUCGUUAACGCCUUUGCACGCUGGUCGUGCUGACUCGUUCGAAAACCCUGACUCCGCUCAUGCGCUAACGAAUGCUACGGAUGCUGCCACAGGCAUGCAGGAGACCACAGAAGCCACAGAGGCCAUGCCGCUAAAGCCCGGCAUGACUCCUAUGCUCCGACGUACGGCGGUCCUUUCGACGGAUCUGGAAAUCGAAGGCACGCCCAUGCUCGGUCUUCGCACGAAACACCGUGAAGAGGGCGAAGCGUCGCCCGUCAUUCGCAAGAAGAAGCGGAAGCUUCUCGGUACAGGUUCCAGUCUCUUCCAGCUCAAUGAAGCGACAGCAUCAGCACUUUCUCCCGGCUUGGAUGUUCCGACGGAUCUAUCGCCCCUUCCACUCCCAUAA